AUGAAGGUUAUCAGAUACAUCGUUUUAAGAUUACUCCUUAGAAAAAGACAGGACAGCAAAGUCAGUAAGAUGAAUGAAUGUAUUUGUCUAGAACAUACUGAAAAAUAUACUUCUCUUAUUUUCACAGGUAAAAAAAUGGCCUAUCAGAAGGUCGGUGCUGAUCAAAGAGCUCCAGGACAUUCACAGUACUUAGACAAUGAUGACCUCCAAGCCACUGCACUUGACUUAGAGUGGGACAUGGAAAAGGAACUGGAGGAGCCUGGUUUUGACCAGUUCCAGCUAAAUAGUGCUGAGCAUCAGAACCUGGAAAAUUCAGAGACUGCAGACCUCAAUCUUGAUCCCAUUCAACCAGCAACUUCACCCAAAGGAAGGUUUCAGAGACUUCAAGAAGAAUCUGACUAUGUGACCCAUUAUACAAGAUCUGCACCAAAGAGCAACUCCUGCAACUUUUGCCGCCUUUUAAAAAUAUUUUGCACGGCAAUCAUUUUAUUUAUUUCUGGAAUCUUGAUAGGCUAUUACUCACGUAAAAAUUGCCCUUCAAAUGCUACAUCUUCAGGAACACUUGAUCUUCAGUUAUACCAGGAGAUUCUCAAGACAAUCCAAGCAGAAGAUAUUAAGAAGUCUUUCAGAAAUUUGGUACAGCUGUACAAAAGUGAAGAUGACACGGAAAUUUCAAAGAAGAUUAAGACUCAGUGGACUACUUUGGGCCUAGAAGAUGUACAGCUUGUAAAUUACUCUGUGUUGCUGAACCUGCCAGGUCUUUUUCCCAGCUCUGUGACUCUGAUCAGCAGUGGCCAGUGCUUUCAUCCUAAUGGCCAGCCUUGCAGUGAAGAAGCCAGAAAAUGGAGCAGCCAAGACCUGCUAUAUUCAUAUGCAGCCUAUUCUGCCAGUGGAAUUCUCGAGGCUGAAGUCAUUGAUGUGAGUUAUGGAAAUGCAGAUGACUUAAAGCGGAUUAAAAAAAUGAAAAAUGUCACAAAUCGGAUUGCACUCUUGAAAUUAGGAAAAUUGCCACUACUUUAUAAGCUUUCCUUAUUGGAAAAGACUGGAUUUGGAGGUGUUCUUCUAUAUAUUGAUCCUUGUGAUUUACCAAAGACUGCAAAUCUUAGCUCUAAUACCUUCAUGGUGUCACUGAAUCCAGGAGGAGACCCUUCUACACCCGGUUAUCCAAGUAUUGGUGGCAGCUUUAGACAAAACCGAUCAAACCUCACCUCUCUACUAGUGCAGCCCAUCUCAGCAUCUCUUGUUGCAAAACUCAUCUCUUUGCCAAAGGAUAGGACCACAAACGGUGCCUGUAGCCCUCUAGAACUUCCCAAUAAUGAGGAAAGAAUUGUCAACAUGAAAAUCCAAACAGUCACAAAAUUUGAAACAGUUGCUAAUGUUGUUGGAUAUUUAAAGGGUUUGACAUUUCCAGACCGUUAUGUCAUAGUUGGCAGCCAUCAUCACACGGCUCACAGUUAUAAUAGACAAGAAUGGGCCAGCAGCACUGCCAUCAUCACAACUUUUAUCCGGGCCUUGAUGUUACGAGUUAAGAGAGGGUGGAGACCAGACCGUACUAUUGUUUUCUGCUCAUGGGGCGGAACAGCUUUUGGAAAUAUUGGCUCCUAUGAAUGGGGAGAGGAUUUCAAGAAGGUUCUGCAGAGAAAUGCUGUGGCUUACAUUAGUCUCCACAGUCCUGUAAGGGGUAACUCAAGUCUCCACUCUGUUGCUUCACCAUCUCUUCAGCAACUGGUAGCUGAGAAAAAUAAAUUCAAUUGUCCCAGAAGAGGUCAGUGCCUGGAAACGAAUAUCAGUUCUGAGCAGAUGCAGGAUGAUGCUGAUUAUUUCAUCAACCAUCUUGGAGUUCCCACCAUGAGGUUUACUUAUGAGGACAUCAAAACAUUAGAGGGUCCAAGUUUUCUCUCUGAGGCUCUUUUUCCUAAACAUGCAACAAAAAUUGAAGAAAUGGAUCCUUUUUUCAAUCUUCAUGAGACCAUUACCAAGCUCUCAGGAGAAGUGAUUUUGCAAAUUGCCAACGAACCAGUUCUGCCCUUUAAUGCUCUUGAUAUAGCUUUAGAAGUUCAAAACAGCCUUAAAGGUGUUCAAGCCAACACCCCUCAACUGCUAGCCCUGGCCUCACGCCUGCGGGAGAGUGCUGAACUCUUUCAGUCAGAUGAGAUGCGUCCUGCUAAUGACCCCAAGGAAAGAGCUCCCAUCCGUGUGCGGAUGUUGAAUGACAUUCUCCAGGACAUGGAGAAGAGCUUCCUAGUGCAGCAUGCACCCCCAGGGUUUUACAGAAAUAUCCUAUACCACCUUGAUGGGAAGACAAGCCAAUUUUCAAUACUCCUGGAGGCUUGGGAGCGCUGCAAGUCACUUGCAUCAAAUGAGACCCUUCAAGAAGCCCUGUCAGAGGUGUUGAAUAGCAUUAAUGCAGCUCAGGUUUACUUCAAAGCGGGACUUGAUGUGUUCGAGAGUGUCUUAGUUGGAAAGAACUGA